UAAUAUUAUUACGAUAAUGAAAAGCACGAUAUAUUUGUGCUUUUCAUUAUCGUAAUAAUGUGCCGUUAUCUAUUACUACAUUUUCAAUUUUUCGUAUGCACAUUACGUCUCUGUAACGAAGACCAGAAGAAGGUCUCCCACCACCACUGAAUCAUCGCAAGGGACAUGGCAUGGCACGCACCCCGAUGACGUUAACAGUGGGGUGUUGAUACGAAUCCACCCACGUCUCGACGUCUGUCUACGUUGGUCUACAGCGGCAACGCGAUCGGUCAGAACACGCAGUACCAACGUCGCGAGAGGAGUUCGCACUUUUGCAGUCGGCGACGUCCCUGUCGGACCGAUCGACCGGUUGCAUCUAGUCGCGUUCCCCACUUCGCGCGCUCAUCGCUCCGACCUCGAUCUUGUUCGAUAAAAGUGAGUUUUACGGCAAACUUCCGAAUGCCGUCGCUGAGGACUUUUCGCAUCGAAUUCGAUCGACCGGGCGCUACAUAUGCGCCCGGUGAAAUCGUCACCGGCGACGUCAUCGUCGAUCUGGCCAGGGAGAAGACAGUCCGAGCACUGAAAUUGUCGAUUAAGGGAGAAGCUAAUGUUAGCUGGGAAAGAAGAAGGACAACAAAGGAUUCUCAAGGGAACAGUCGCACCCAGGUUGAUCAUUUCCGGGCAAACGAACAGUAUUUUAACUUAACUUAUUAUCUAUUAGGAAAUACAGCAGGCAAUGGCGAAGUACGGAUGACAGCGGGGUUUCAUAGAUACUCUUUUAAUUUCUCUCUACCCUAUAAUAUACCGUGCAGUUUCGAACAUACAAACGGUCACAUCAGAUACACAAUGAAAGCAGUCAUCGACAGACCAUGGAGAUUUGAUCAUGAAAGCAAAAUUGCGUUUACUGUGGUCUCAUCUUAUGAUUUGAACACUCGCACUCAUCAAUGUAUUGGCGUAGAUGAAGAAGUGAACGAAAGUUUCUGUUGUUUCUGCUGUUUCGACUUGGGUACGAUGAAAAUACGUAUCAGAAUACCGACGACGGGGUUCGUUCCGGGACAAUCAAUAGAGACUAUGGUCAACCUCAAUAACAGUAGCAGCGUCGAUGUGACAAAGAUUUGCGCUAAAUUGGAACGAACCUUAGAAUUCCACGCGAAAUCACCAUAUUCUACGACCAAGACAGAUAAGUCGAUCGUAAGAGUCGAUCAAAGUAUGGCACCAUUUAACCAGCAAACCGAGGUUACGUCACGAUUACUUGUUCCGCCAAUACCGCCAUCUCAACUGGAAUAUUGCAGUAUAAUAGAUCAGACAUAUUCCUUACGCGUUACAAUUCAUGUCCAUGGACCACACUGCAGCAUCACCAAGACUUAUCCAAUAUUAAUCGGAACAAUUCCAUUACGCUCUACAAUUCUAUCUGCCUCCUAUAUACAAAACACACAGCAGCCCACAGCUCCUAUAAUGCAAGACGAUUAUGAUCCUCCGCCGCCGAUGCCAACAUCUCCAGAGUACGCACCACCUAACGUGCCCUAUCCUGGAACGAUAGGGUUUGCUUCUCCGAAUCAACCCAGCACAUCGACAAAUCCGUGGGAUAUACCACCACCAUCAUAUGAAGAAUGUAUGCAAAGAGCAGAUAGUAUCAAGGAUGAUGACGAGUCAAAUUACGUGCAUGGUGUCAAUGAGCCUUUCGCACCAAGAUAUCCGGUCUUUAAUUUCGCGUCAAACGCGACAACGCCAUAUCCUUCUGAAAAAUAAGCAAAAAUGAAAUAUGCUGAAAAAAAUGCAAAAACAAGGUAGGAAAUGUGCCACGCAGCAUUCGAGUUACUUUUUCUCAACACAUUUAUAAUAAUCAAGAAGUCAGGAAAUCAAAAACGCAGACUCUGAUCGCUACUACCUCAUGUAAUAUCUAUGUGUGAAUGUCAACUUUUUUAAGUGUAAAAAAUGUGAUCACAUAUACAUAUUUUUAUAAUCUAUAUCACAUACUCUGCUUACAAAUAUAUUGUGCAGUAUGCCUUGUGCAGAACAAACUAUAUGUAAUGUAUAAUGAAGAAUAUAAUUUUGCGAUACGUA